AUGUUUGCUGUAGACUACAAAGAUUCGUGGUUCGCAGGAUUUCGAUUUCGUCAAAAAUCAAUCUGUUUUCAAUUGAGGUCAGCCUAUUCUCCGAGGCCGUUGAUGUAGGCCAAUGGCUAGAACAGUCUUCAUCUUUAUAUGUCGGAGCUUAAAUUGUAUCAUCACUUUCUACCCCGUCAGUUUUUUGUGAAAUCAAAGGAACCCAUCAAGAGGACCCCACUCAACUUCUGUUUGCUGUAGACUACAAACACCAGCGCUUUGUAAGAUUACGGUUUUUCGAAUCAAAAACGUCAAAAAUGUCUUGCGG